ACCGUACAGACUCUACUCCUUGGCUCAGUCAGCUGUCUUGCGUAUCUACGCGGCUUCUUCACUGAAGACUGCUUUGAUGACCGAUUCGAUGACCGCACAAGAUACCUCUCCUAUCGUGCCUUUGCUGACGGCUCUGUACCUGAUCCGACAGUACUGGCAAAAAGCAGAGGCUCCAGGGGAACUUCCAUGAAAGUCUUACAGCGAGGACGAAAUCAGGGUGCGAAUAAGCUUCUAGAGUGGCUCGAGCAUGGCGUGUUUGAUGCACUGAGACUUGGUGUCCUCAAAGGCAUGCAAUUGAACGUGUUCGAAAACCAAGAUGAUCCGUCCAAGGCCCUCGAGACUUACACCUUCACGGUUCAAUACAUCGAGUCUGCCUCCGAAGGAGUGAUCGUCGCGGGCCUAGAGAUUCAAGGACCUCGUGGUCAGCCUGUCACAGUGAAGAGUGCCAGGACUGGCUUACAACAGCUCAUUCGCCAGCUUGUCGCACUUUGUGGCACCCUACCGAACCUUCCAAGCCAACGCUUCUUGACAAUGCACUUAUUCUACAAUGAGCAGUGCGAUCCAGAGUAUGAGCCGCCGGGCUUUGUUCCGUCACCGAAAGACACUGUGAGCUUCCCUGAGAGCGAGCAAUGGAAAUUACAAGUUUCAAACUGUGGGUCUCUGGAUGUGGGCUUUUACUCGCUUAACCUCAAAGUAAAGCACCUCAUCCGAGUCUCGGAUCCUGAAAAUGAAGACCGGAAUUCGACGGAGGACAAGAUCCCGACUGGUCUAGCAUAUACUUACGAGGUUUCUCGUGCGGACGCGCUGACUGAACCGACUGUUUUCGUCGACAGUCUAUACCAAUCCACAGAGGAGGCGAAUCAGCGGAUCGUCCCGGAGUCUGCUGUUGUCACCUCCGACACUCUAGUGAAUCCAGAAGGACCACACCAAGUCGAGGUUGCUCCUGAUUCUUUUCCAAAUCUAGGCAGAGCACAAGAUCAUAUCCCAGAAGAGGACACGCAAAGUGCCACUCAAGGUGUUCUAGAGGCCAAGAGAUACUUCAAUCGCAUCCUUAAUCCUGUGGAUCAGUCCCAAGGUACUAAUAAAACACAGCCAAUCGAUAUACCUCUUCCAAACACGCCCAGGAAGAUUCAUACAGCUCCAAUAGCGAAAGCAAAGCCACAGCCUGAUCGAUUGGCUCAUCAGAACAGCGCUUCAUCUCCCCUGGUAGACUUGAGUGAGGAUGUUGCUCGCUGCGAAUGCGGUCUGGACAAGGAACAAGGGGAGAUGGUACACUGCGAAUUCUGCAACACAUGGCAGCACAUAUCUUGCUACGGCCACCGCGACGUCGCCACAUUACCAAAGAUCCACGUCUGCUACCAAUGCCUACUUCAAGACCGGGAUGGACCACUACUACAAGAUCUCAAAAACACAACGUUACUCCGACGCGCUCUCGCUCUAGUCGAAGAAUUCGGCUACCAGAACGACAAAAGCUUCUCCGAGCUCCUUAACUGUGACCUACAAACCACCGGCCAUGUCACGAAACACCUACGCAGAGAGGGCUAUUUCAUCGACACCCCAGGCAGCCACUCUCGCGGCUUCGCAGCAACAGGCAAACCCAAGAUGAUGAUUGUGGAUCGAGAACCCGCCCGGUCGCGGAUGCUUAAGCAGUACUUCGACCCGCUCGCCAAAAUCGCACACUAUUACGACCUCCUGCCGCCACACAACAACAACGCAGAAAUACCAACAAUCACAGAUACCACCCAGCUCCCUCCACCCCCAAACACAGCGGCCCAAGCCUCGUUUCUCACAACACAGCUCCCCGUGGACCAGAAAGCCGCGCAACAGGCGCUGUUCGAGCCAUCAAUCCCUCCUCAUCUUCAUCCUCCCGAGACCCAAGAUACCGAGACCACCUCACAGGAGGUACCAGUAGCGCCAAUAUCGACAACAGCAGAAGCAGGAGCAGAAGCCUCGGCCCAGGCACAUAUCGCCAUGCAUCCGCCACCACCACCACCAGCUUCAAUGAUGAAGCAGCCCUUGCCAGUGCGACAACUCGCAGGGCGCGGAUCGCUGCGAAGCUCACAGACGCCUCAUCCCGUCGAGGUUGCCCAGACACCGACGCGGAAGCGCAGUGCGCGGAUCGCCGAGCUGCCGUUCAAGACGCCCAUGCGCAAGCGACUCAAGAGCUCGACGACGGAGAAGCUGAUCGAUGUCGGCAGCAUCUCGCCCAUGUCGGCCAUGUCUGCCGUGUCGGUCGCAGAGACGCAGGAUGAGCUAUGAAGCAGACAGAGAAGGGAGUUGGGAUGAGGAUACGUAUGAGGAUGUUGUAAUGAAUGUAAGGCCAUACAUCUCAUCAUAUCUGCAAACGAGAACGAUAAGAUGUUCAAAAGGAUGAUUGAAAUGUGGUGUCGAUCAGUAUAAUUUAGCUUAGCAGCACGUAGUAUGACAGCAAAGGACGCCCGUGUUUGUUGAAAUGUAUGGGGAAAAAAAA